AUGUACGACGGAAAGCCAUAUCCUUGUACAUGGGAGAAGUGUGACAAGGAAUUCAACCGCCGGUCCGAUCUCAUUCGCCACUACCGCAUUCACACCCAAGAACGUCCCUAUGCAUGUCCCUGGAAGGACUGCGGUCGUGACUUCAUACAACGAUCCGCUCUCACCGUUCAUCUUCGCGUCCACACUGGUGAGCGUCCUCACGCUUGCCAAUGGCUCGGUUGUGGUAGGACCUUUGCAGACUCGUCUUCAUUGUCUCGCCACAAGCGGAUCCACACUGGUAGCCGACCUUAUGCCUGCGAAUGGGAGGGCUGUGAGAAGAGCUUC